GGCUGCGGUCGCAUCAGAGGAGAAAAGAGAAAAAAAAAACCAAAAACAGGAGGAGAACUCGGUCGACGAGAUCGAGCCCAAUCUCGCCGCUCCUCUCUCCGCUGGCCCCUCGCGUCGCCAUGGAUGCUCAAUCCCGCGGUCGACGAACGUUGGAAGAAAUCCGUCAGAAGCGAGCGGCCGAGCGAUUGCACAAGGUCCCCUCUGGCUCGGAUCUCGAAUCCGCCAAUCCAUAUGGCAUGCAGAGAUCAGAAGGCGGCGUCCGAUCGACAGCCGAGAGAGAUUCUUUUGCAGUGGCAUCUCGAAUCAAGGAGUUUGAGAAUAAGAAUUCAGAACUUGAGAGUGAAAAUCAGAAAUUGUUAGCGACGCUUGAUGAAAAGGAAGUUCAAAUUGAUUCAUUGAGGAAGCACUUAAGUGAUCUGGAACAAAAUAGCUUGCCCUCCUUGAGAAAGUCUCUGAAGGAUGCUUCCAUUGAAAAAGAUGCAGCAAUUGUUGCCAGGGAAGAUGCUUUGUCCCAACUUCGGACCAUUAAGAAACGAUUAAAGGAGGCAGAAGAGGAGCAAUACCGAGCUGAACAGGAUGCUGCAGCUCUAAGAGCAGAAUUAAAUUCACUGCAACAACAAGGUCUAGGGACUUCGUUUAGCAGUGUCCCAUUAGGUAACUCACCAGAUCAUGUUCUUUCCCUGGAAAAGGAAAUAAUGGAAUUGAAAACCGAGUUACAGCACAUCUCACUGUGGAGACAACAAGAGCAGCAGAAACUAUCUGAAGAACAGUUCCGCAGUUCUUCCCUAAUGGCUGAAAAGAAAGAGCUGGAAGAUAAAAUUGCAUCUUUCACCAAGAAGAUUUCAGAAAAUGCUUCAGAUUUAGCUGUGCGCAAGGCAAUUUCAGUGGACAAGGAGAAACUUGAAAAGCAGUUGCAUGAUAUGGCAGUUAUGGUUGAGAGACUUGAAAGCAGUCGACAAAAACUGCUGAUGGAGAUUGAUUCUCAGUCUACAGAGAUAGAGAGGUUGUUUGAGGAGAACUCCAAUUUGUCAACUUCAUAUCAGGAAGCAAUGGGGCUAGCAGUGCAGUGGGAGAACCAGGUGAAGGACUGUCUGAAACAAAAUGAACAGCUUCGAUACCUGCUUGACAAACUCAGGUCUGAACAAGCCAGCCCAUCGCAAACAAGUGAUAGCAAUAUUCAAUCAGAUGUUGAAGGUGACAAAGGGAGAACAUCUGACCCAUCAGAAGUUGCUUCUGAAAAUUUGUCACUUAAGGAUCAGUUGGCAAAAGAACAGAGCAGAGGUGACGCAUUGGCUGCAGAGGUUAUGAAACUCACUGCUGAGCACAGACGUGCUGCCCAAGCAUAUAACACACUCAUACGCCUGUAUAGACCUGUACUGCGAGACAUAGAGAACAACCUAAUGAAAAUGAAGCAAGAGAGCUAUGCUGUGGCUUUGUGAUGAUAUAAUUGAGGACUUGGCCACAGCAAAUAUGAUGUACGCAUUCUUAAGAAAGUUUGAACGCCAUCAAUGUUGCGGUGCAAUUCAAUCAGAAGAGUUCUCGGGUGACAAAAAAAUCCCCAUCAUUAUGCUUUCAUUUGGAAAGCAAAAUGUUAGAUUUGCUAAUUUUGUUGUGUUCUCUGUCGAAUUAUUCAUUGGAUCUCAAACACCCACAGUUUCUAAAUCGUGUUAUUGUGAAAUUGAAUGGCCUUUUGACUGU